AUGGUACGCCCUGCGGACAAGGCUCAGAACCCCAUGAAGGAUCUUCGCAUCCAGAAGCUCGUUCUCAACAUCUCCGUCGGUGAAUCUGGUGACAGAUUGACCCGUGCCGCUAAGGUGCUCGAGCAACUGAGUGGUCAGACUCCCGUCUACAGCAAGGCCCGCUACACUGUCCGAACCUUUGGUAUCCGCCGUAACGAAAAGAUCGCCGUCCACGUGACGGUCCGUGGCCCCAAGGCUGAGGAGAUUCUCGAGCGUGGCCUCAAGGUCAAGGAGUACGAGCUGCGCAAGCGCAACUUCAGCGAGACGGGCAACUUCGGCUUCGGCAUCAGCGAGCACAUCGAUCUCGGCAUCAAGUACGACCCCGCGAUCGGUAUCUACGGCAUGGACUUCUACUGCUGCAUGACCCGUCCCGGUGAGCGCGUCACCCGCCGCCGCCGCUGCAAGGGCCGCAUCGGUGCCAGCCACCGCAUCAACCGCGAUGAGACCGUCAAGUGGUUCAAGACUCGAUUCGACGGUAUUGUCCGAUAA